UUUUCUUUUGGUCGCGCAUGAUAUCCACUCGUCAAUGUAAGUGCCCCCCCCGGCCCCGGUACUGGAAAUAUUUCCGUGACUGGUGAAUAACUUCUUUGGCUUGUCAUAGUAUAAUUUCUAAGUUAUGGAACGCCGACUGUGUUAAUCGAGGUUGUUGCUUGGAUGAACAAUAUCAAAUAUGUCAACUAACAUUGCUCCAACGAUUGGAAAGGGGGCAAAAACAGUCAGAAAAUCCAAAGCAAAGUGUAAAGAUUCAAAGGUUGUAACAAGGAGUGCUCUCACGUCACCAUAUGCAAUAGAAUGGCCACCUCUCCCGAGUGGAGUAACUCCAGAUAUUUUAUCAGAAAUUCAAAGAACAUUCCAGCCUUUGCAAUGCCUACUUGGAAAACGAAAAUGCAAGAAUCGGAAACAGACCAAGAAACGGGAGGCAGAAACGGAAAAUAAUCCAGAAAGAAGGAAAGAAGAACAAAGAAGAUCAGCACUGAGGUCACAACUUGCGCUUGGGGUCAACGAAGUCACCAGAUCGUUGGAGAAAGAUCAGCUCCAGCUUGUCAUGGUCUGUCGGUCAGCUAAGCCUGACCUUAUGACCUCUCAUCUCCCGACCCUCAGUGCAACUCGAGGAUGUCCUGCCAUAGCAGUGUUUCAUCUCAGUAAUACCUUAUCUCCUCUCUUGAACAUGAAGACCGUCCUUGCUAUAGGUUUCAGAAAACCUUCUAAUGAUGGAGCAAACCAAGACUUUGCGGGUCUUGUGUCUUACGUCAGUGGAAAGUGUCCUGACAUCAGCAUUCCCUGGAUGGACAUGAAGAACCUUCCUCUGGAGGAACUAGCAGCAGAACUCUCCAAAGAUAUCUUCAGCCAUCAGAAGACUUCCACCAUUGAUCCAGUUGCAUCGACUGGGGAGUCCAACACAGUUCGCAAAGACUUCCAGAUGGAAACACAAGUACAGGAAGGUACCAAAAGGACAGUUGGCACUGGGCUCAUCCAAAAAGGUGAAAGCAAUAUGGACAACCUAGCAGGAAUGACCAAAGAUACAAUUGGAAGUAUCAUGAAAGAAAGAGACUUGCUUGGAAAUCAAGUGGCUGAGAACCCCUGCCAAAGUGAGAACACUGCUGUUGAUCCAUUUACACUACAAGCUCAAGGAAUAAAGAAAAGAAAGCUGUCAGAAAUAGCCACCUCGCCUGGAAGCAAUGAUUCCAAGAGCAAGCGGAACAAGACGACAAAGAUGCCAUACAAGCCUGCAAAUGUUAAGCAUGUCAAGGUUACUAGUAAAACAUCAAAAGGGAAGAAAGGCAAAGGGAAAAGAGGUAAAAAGAAGUGAAUUAUGUUAAGAACAGCAAAGUUGUGAGUUCUUAUCCUUCUCUUUUUAUUCUAUGGACAGUGAGGUAUUAGACUAUGAUCACAAUCGUUGAUUAAGUGCCAAACAUUUAAUGAAGGAAUAUCAUGAUUUGCAACGUCUGCAAAUGUUAAGCGUGUCAAGGUUAUCAGUAAAGCAUCAAAAAGGAAGAAAGGCAAAGGGAAAUGAGGUAAAAAGAAGUGAAUGAUGUAAAGAACAGCAAAGUUGUGAGUUCUUAUCCUUUUCUUUUUAUUUUAUGAACAGUAAGGUAUUAGACUAUGAUCACAAUUGUUGAUGAAGUGCCGCAUAU